CCCCUCCAACAUCACACACACACACACACACACACACACUGACAGCAGCGCGCGCGACCGGAGAAUCUGUGCGCGUGAGCCGAGCAGCUUUUCCGAAGCCUUUCCUCUGGUGGAUUACAGGAAGACAUACGGAGGCUGAAGAAAACAUUUGAGCAGAUUUACACUGUGGAGCUCAAGAUGAGUAAAUCGACUCUCACUGCUGUCUUUAUCGCAUUUCUGCUGACUUCCAGUGGAGCAAAGCCAAAUGGAAAGAACAAAAAGCAAAAACAAGUCGUUCCAGCAAUUGAAUGUGAAAUGCGGUCUGGGAAGAUCAAUCUCCCAGAGUUUAUUGUGAAGUGUCCAGGUAACUGCAGGGAGAGCAAGGAGAAGGUCUAUGGGACGGGUGUGUUUGCCUCAAUAUCCAGUAUCUGCAAUGCUGCUAUUCACAGUGGAGUCAUCAGUAACUCUGGAGGAAAGGUAAUUGUGAUGAAGAGUGCCGGACAGCCGAUCUACAAGGGCAGCUUUGCCAACGGCAUCCGAUCCCUGUCCUUACCCAACUGGAGAGAAUCAUUUUCUGUCUCAGUGGGUAAACCAAAGAAGGGAGUGAUAUAUCCAUCCACUCUGGUCUUUGUACACUCAAGACCCAUAGUGAAACCUGGUGAAUCUAAAGAGCUGUCGUACUUCCCAGUGUCACCAGUGACAGAAGCUCCAGAGGCGGAGCCGAGCUCCACCACAGCCCCGCCCACAACCACUCCUGUGACCACGCCCACCACCACAGCUCCGCCCACAACCACUCCUGUGACCACGCCCACCUCCACAGCUCCGCCCACAACCACAUCAGCCAAGCCACGGGCCACCGUUCAUAAAGUCCGCGAGGCAGGCAGCAGUCACCCGUAUUUCAGCUCUGUUGCACGACAAUCACAGAGUGCCCAAGGAAAGGGUCCCACGCAAGCAUUUAGAGGCAGCUCCGUCUAUGCCAAUAGGUUUUUACCACGCACCAACACAGGUGUGCAGCGGCCAGAGCUGAGCUCCACCAUCCGGAGACAGCCGCAUGUUCCCUCAGCUUCAGCUUUGAGUCGGGUGCAGCCGCAGUCUGAGAGAAAGCAACACACGCCGCAGUCGAAUCCCACAUUGGUACGCCGUGAUUGGACGCACCCUGCGUACGCACGCCCUGAUUGGUUCUCUGGCACCAGAAGGCCAACAGGUAUCAGAAUCAUUAUGCAGGUCCAUCCAGUUCAAUAUGGUAGCCACUCAGUGCCGAACACGGGCCACACCUGGAGCCGGACGAGCCCCGCUGACCCCGCAGCGCUCGACCCGGCGCCGGGGAACACCGAGCACCAGCACCACUAUCACUUUGGACAGUUUUCUCCUGAGCCAGAACACCACAAGCCUCCGCCUGCGACGGGCCACAGCAGAGAGACGCCAGCGGAGUCAAACCCAUUCGACUCAGGAUUCAACGCUCGAGGACACGACUCAUCUUUAGCCAGAGCUCCUGAACUCAGCGGCCGGACACGCGGAGACCCAAAUUGUAAAGUGGAUAUUGCGUUCCUCAUGGAUGGCAGCUGGAGUAUUGGGAAACGACGAUUCAAGAUUCAGAAAGACUUCCUCGUGGAGGUUUCCCAGGCUCUCAAUGUGGGCGCGGAAGGAGCCAUGAUGGGCAUCAUCCAAUACGGGGAUGAUGCGGUCACAGAAUUCAGCCUGAAACAGUUCUCCAGCUCCAGCGACGUGAAGCCGGCCAUCAGUAAAAUCACCCAGAAGGGCGGCCUGUCACAUGUAGGGAAGGCCCUCUCCUACAUCAACAAGCACUUCUUCAGCGAUGCUAAUGGGAACCGAGGCGGGGCGCCCAACGUGGCGGUGGUGCUGGUGGACGGCUGGCCCACGGACCGGGUGGAGGAGGCGUCGCGGCUCGCUCGAGAGUCCGGCAUCAACAUCUUCUUCGUCACCAUCGAGGGCCCCGAUGACAACGAGAAGCAGAACGUGGUGGAGGCCAACUUUGUUGACAAGGCUGUGUGCAGAACCAACGGCUUCUACUCGCUUCCGAUCGCGAGCUGGUUCGCUCUGCGUAAAGCCGUUCAGCCUCUGGUGAAGCGUGUGUGUGACACCGACCGCCUGAUGUGCAGCAAGACCUGCCUGAACGCCAACGACAUCGCCUUCGUCAUCGACGGCUCCAGCAGCGUGGGAACCGGGAACUUCCGCACCGUGCUCCAGUUCGUCGCCAACGUGACGCGGGAGUUCGAGAUCUCCGACACGGACACGCGCGUAGGAAUCGUACAGUACACGUAUGAGCAGAGGCUGGAGUUCGCUUUCGGACAGCACAACAACAAAGCCGACUUGCUGAACGCCAUCAAGCGCAUCAACUACUGGAGCGGAGGAACCAGUACAGGAGCCGCCAUCACGUACGCCGCGGACCAGCUCUUCAGCAAAUCCAAACCCAACAAGCGUAAGAUCAUGAUCGUCAUCACGGACGGACGCUCCUACGAUGACGUGAGGGCCCCGGCGCUGGCGGUACAUCGGAAAGGUGUGAUCGCGUACUCCAUCGGGAUCGCCUGGGCAGCGCAGGACGAGCUGGAAUACAUCGCCACUGACCCGGACAGAGAGCACUCUUUCUUUGUCGAUGAGUUUGACAACCUUUACAAGUAUGUAUCAAAAAUUAUUCACAACAUCUGCAACGAAUUCAACUCCCAACCACGUAACUGAACCGUUGUGGAAUAUCACCAGAAAUCCGAGGAGCAAGUGCAUUACCACACAGUUACAGUGGUACAGGUUUAGUGCUGUUAGAAGUGGGCAGCAUGUUUCCAGCUUUGAUAUUUUGCUAUUUAAACAAAAUACAGUGUGGAAAUGGUCAUUUAACGAUGGCAGUGAAUGUGUGUUCAGUGACUUUGGAUCACAGUGUGACCGACUUGUAUUGGUAUGAGAGAAAACACAUGCUUACAGUUUUUGCAUAGAUUGUUUCAUUUAAAGAUUAUUUAUAUUUUACAUGCUAAUAAACACAAUAAUAUGAAAAAUUACAUAAUAAUUAUAAUAUCUUUUUUUCAUAUGGAAAGUUAACUGUCUGCAUAAGAUAGAAGUGCCAAGCUAAGAAAAUGUUUGUUAAUUGUAAAUGAAAAAUCUUUUUAAAUGAUGUGCUAAACGAAUGGGAUUUUGCAUAUGUUCAGAAGACAGGAUUGUUAAUGCAUGCAUGAACUGACUGAUGUUACUGUAAUGUACAAGAUAUUUGUCAAGGCACAAAGGUGACCAGUAUUGGAGUAUUAUGACUGUUGUUAAAAGAAGUUACAGAAAAUACAAGAAGAAAGGCAACAUUCAGAAAGCUCCGGUUGUGUGGUUUGAUGACUCUUAUCCAUUCGAGCAGAUGUUGAUCAUAGACCUAAAAAGUUUUUUACUUGUCAUUUUAUAUUCAUAUAUUGUAAUUUUUGUAUUUGUAUAUAAAAAUGCUUGUAUUUUUGUUUAAGAUGACACAAUUUAUCCAAUAUUUUAAUGACAUUUUUAAUAAAAUGAUUAUUGAAAACCAGCAAAUUCA